GCUGUAUCAGGAGCAGGAGCCGCGCCAGAGAUAAGAUAUAGUUGACGCACCCCACUGUUCCACGCAAUGUCAGCAAUGGCGGGUCUCCUGUGUCUAAUGCUAUGGUUCGGGGUGUGUGCUGCGGCUGAUCUCACAAAGCUGGAAUGGUCUGACUGCGGAUCCGCUUCUGGCCUCACCAUCCACAAAAUCGACAUCACCCCAAUGCCCAUCGUUGCCCCCGGUGACAUGCGCCUCACCAUCAACGCGUCGACGACGAGGAAGCAGUUGAACCAGAUGAAGUUGUCGGUGCACAUGAAGAGGGAUACUUUCCUUCUCAACAUCCCAAUACCCUGUCUGUUUCAUGUCGGAUCAUGCACCUACGACGACACAUGCACGCUCCUGGCGACGAUGCAGAAGGAGAACUGGGCCGGCAUCAUGGGCGACGUCGGGCGUCAGAUCCAACAGAUGUUGGCCUCGGUGGGGAUCACGACGUAUUGUCCUGCUGUAGUGCAAAACAUCGUCCUCCAGGACUACGUGCUGAAGAUGCCGGCCGUUCCCUCAGUGUUGUCGUGGUUUGCCGAGGGCAACUACGAGGCGACUGCCACAGCCGUGGACACAGCGACUGGGGAACAGAUGUUGUGUCUCAACCUCAAGUUGACGGUGAAGGAGAAGAAGGAGCCGUGCACGGGGUGGCUGUGCGGACGUCGGCGCCGUCACAGUCAGCACUAGAUGUACGAUGUCUACAACGUCAACAUCGCCAUCGCAAGACCAGCACAUUCGUCAACAUCCGUCACUUUCCGUUGUCUCUAAAGGAUGGUACGAGUUGUCACACGUUACUAAAUUUGAUAACGUAUUUAUCACAUCA